UUUUUCUGUCAAACAUCAUCCUUUUUAACAAUGUAUUUAUCCAGAUUCGUUCCUUUUCUUAUUUCUGCCUUGGUAGCUUCUCAACAGGUCUCAGCUGUAUCCGUUCAUAACUGGUGGGAUAUACCUUCUGGAUUUGGUAACAUCAAAGAGAUGGUAUCUUCUAUUCGUGUACCCAAAGGUUCCGAUCCAGUUACUACUUAUUGGGAGGCCAACGGAUUUUCUGUUGGUUAUAUGGGAAUGCAAGCCAAUUCUGCAACUGAGCGUCGUGUAUUGUUCUCUGUGUGGGAUAAUGGAAAGGGCAGUACGGUUGAUCUGGUGAAAAAAGGCGAUAAUGUUACAGCGGAAGGGUUUGGUGGUGAAGGUACUGGUGCUCAUGCCUUUGUUAAUGCCAUGUGGAAAACACAAGACACUGUAUAUUUUAAGGUCACAGCUCAAGUAGACGAAGAGAAGAAUGGUUCAACCUAUUCUGGUUAUUAUAGUACCGAUCUUGGAACCACAUGGAAACUUGUCGCAAGUUUUUUCGCUAACGAGCAAAAGUUCUAUCUGUCAGGACUUUACGGUUUCUUAGAGAAUUAUGGGUCAGAUCAAUCCAAAAUUCGUGAAGGCUACUGGGGCAAUUUUACUAUCACCAACACAGAUAACAAAAAGUCUAAAAUUGAUACAGUUUCCUUCACUAAAACUACACCCAAGUCGGAUGCUGAUGUCUGGAUGCAAAAGCAAGGUCUUGGUCCUAACAAGGAAGUAUAUAUGAGAAUUGAUGGUCCCAAGAGUGAAGGUAUCUUUAAGCCUACCAAUCCUUGAUGCUAUUUAAUCUGAUACAAUUAAACGUUUUAUUUACACAACUUAAAAAUAAAUUUUACUUCAAACGCUUUUAU